AUGGCCGCCGCAACAUCCAAGCAGCGCCUAGCGCUCGCCAUCUGCGACUUCCUGUCGAGCUCGCUCACCGACGGGACCCUGUCCGCCGACGACAAGGACAGCAUCGACGUCGCCAUCAACUGCAUCGCCGAGAGCUUCAAGGUCGACCCGGCCGACAAGACGGCCGUGAACGCCGCCAUCGGCUCACAGAACCUCAUGCAGAUCUACGGCGUCUACGAGAAGCUCAAGUCUACCACGGCCGCUAAAUCCUCCGCCUCGUCGUCGUCAACCUCCUCGAAACUCCCCACCGACGAAGAAAAGGCCCGCGCCGAGGACCUCAAAGCCCAGGGCAACAAGGCCAUGACCUCCAAGGACUACGCCAACGCCAUCGAGCUGUACUCGCAGGCCCUAUCGCUUUACCCCGGCAACGCCAUCUUCCUGUCCAACCGCGCCGCCGCCUACAGCGCCGCCCGCGACCACGAGAGCGCGCGCGCCGAUGCCGAGGCCGCCGUCACCGCCGACCCCAAGUACACCAAGGGCUGGUCCCGUCUGGGCCUGGCCCGCUUCGCGCUGGGUGACGCCCGGGGCAGCAUGGAGGCCUACCGCCAGGGCAUCGAGUACGAAGGAAGCGGCGGCUCUGACGCCAUGAAGAAGGGAUUCGAGACGGCGAAGCGGCGCGUCGAGGAGGUCGAGGCCGAGGAGCGCGACAGCGGCAACCCCUUAUCCCGCGGCGCCUCCGCCAACGUCAACGUCAACCCGGGGGCCGGCGCCAGCAGCGGCGGCAUGCCUGACCUGAGCAGCCUGGCCGGCAUGUUCGGCGGCAACGGCGGCGGUAACGGCGGCAUGCCCGACCUCAGCUCCAUCAUGAACAAUCCCAUGUUCGCCAACAUGGCCCAGAGCCUCAUGUCGAACCCGGAGAUGAUGCAGAACCUGAUGAGCAACCCCCGCCUGCGCGAGAUGGCCGACCGCUUCAGCCAGGGCGGCGGCAUGCCCGACAUGUCCGCGUUGAUGAACGACCCCAAUAUUGCCGAGAUGGCCAGGAACAUGAUGGGAGGCGGUGGCCGCGGUGGUCCCCCGGGCUCCGGUGGGCAACAAUGA